AGGAACCGCGAAUUCGGUGAUGGAAAGGUGACCUGCUCCGGGGAUUCUGCUCAUCGUGCUGGGGUGUUAUGGCAAAACAUCAACGCUCUGGUGCUGCUACAGCUACAGGAACAAAGAAGCACAAAGCAAAGCUGCAGAAUGGGGAAUAUUCCAUUGAGAAUGAAGAAAUAGUGACUGAACAUGAGGCUAAAACAGAUAGCAAUGACACCACUGAUGAGCCUGUUGUCCGCAAGAGACCAAAGAGGGCAGCUGCCUGUUCUAACUUCAAAGAGAAAGAAAUGGGCUUAUCCGAGGAAGAUUUAAUUAUCACAAUCAAGGAAAGUAGGGUGGAAGAGGAGGAAAUAGAAGCUGUUAGGUUGACAAAAACAGAACCUGAAGACCGCCGGCCUUCCAGAAAACUCAUUGAUUUCUCCUUGCAUGAUGCAGAUGGUAAUCUACAACCUUUUGAAAUGUCUGAAGUUGAUGAUAUUUUCAUAACAGCUCUUAUCAUGCCUUUGGACGAUGGUCUGGAAAAGGACAGGGAAAAGGGUGUGCGGUGUUUAGGGUUUGGGAGGAUCAAGGAGUGGAUAAUUUCUGGCUACAAUGAAGGUACUGCAGUAAUUUGGAUUUCAACAGAAAUAGCUGAUUACAAAUGUGUGAAGCCGGCAAGCAGUUACAGAUCUUAUUUUGACCACUUCAGUGAGAAGGCUCGAGUCUGUGUUGAAGUUUACAUGAAGAUAGCCAAAUCAGUUGGCGGAAAUCCUCAGUUGGACCUGGAAGAGUUGCUGGCCAGUGUUGUCCGUUCCAUUAAUUCAAACAGAAAAUCUGGUGGAACAAUGAGCAAGGACUUUGUGAUCUCCAAUGGUGAGUUCAUAUACAACCAACUUGUUGGGUUAGAUAAGAUGGCAGCCAGCAAUGAUGAGAUCUUGGGCACACUCCCUGUUCUUGUUGCAUUAAGAGAAGAAAGUCAGUCUAGAGUAAAAUUCAACAAGUUCUCAGCUAUGCCUUCAAAUGGAGCUCUGAAGAUAAAGGAUGAACAGCAUAUGGGAGUAGGUGAUAAUGAUGAUGAGAAAUUAGCAAGACUAUUGCAGGAAGAGGAAGAGUGGAAGAUGAUGAAGCAGAGAGGCAAGCGUGGAACUUCACAGAAAAAUGUAUACAUCAAAAUUAGUGAAACUGAGAUUGCAAAUGACUAUCCAUUGCCAGCUUACUAUAAAUCAUACAAUCAAGAAAUGGAUGAAUACAUAUUUGAUAGUGACAUUGGCAUCUUUUCUGAUGAUAUGCCAGUGAGAAUCCUGAACAACUGGGCUCUAUAUAAUUCAGAUUCCAGACUCAUUCCAUUGGAGCUCAUCCCUAUGAAAUCGGAUGCUGAAAAUGAUACAGUGAUCUUUGGAUCAGGUUUUAUGAGAGACGAUGAUGGUAGUUGCUGUUCAACUGCUGAGUCAAUGCAGCUAUCUUCUUCCUCAAGUAAAUCAAACCAAGAUCUGGGAAUUCCAAUUUAUCUGAGCCCAAUCAAGGAGUGGGUUAUUGAAUUUGGUGGUUCAAUGAUCUGCGUAAUCAUUCGAACUGAUGUGGCUUGGUACAAAUUACGCCAGCCAACAAAACAAUAUGCACCAUGGUGUGAGCCGGUGCUGAAAACAGCAAGGCUGGCUGUUAGCAUCCUCACUCUUUUAAAAGAACAAAGUCGCGCCUCAAAGCUUUCUUUUGCCGAAGUGAUUAAAAGAGUAGCAGAAUUUGACAGUGUGCACCCUGCAUUUAUAUCAUCAAAUACAACUCUUGUUGAAAGAUAUGUUGUGGUACAUGGACAAAUAAUACUUCAGCAGUUUGCAGAUUUUCCAGAUGUGUCAAUCCAACGGAGUGCCUUUGUCACAGGCCUUACACUGAAGAUGGAAGAAAGAAGACACACAAAGCUGGUGAUGAAGAAAAAAUCUCAAGCAAUGAAAGGCGAGAAUCUGAACCCAAGUGCAAAAAUGGGUCCAAUAUUAAGAAAGAAGCUUAUGCGUGCAACAACUACAAGAUUCAUCAGCAAGAUAUGGGGUGAUUAUUAUGCCACACACUUUCCAGAGGAUACAAAGGAAGGAGACGGAAAUGCGCAAAAGGAAAUCGAUGAAGAGCUAGAAGAAAAUGAAGAUGAUGAUGAUAUUGAAGAGGAUCUAAAUAUUGAAAUGGAGCAGGCUGUGAAGACCCCACCAUCAACACGAUCUAGUAAGUCAUUGAAGUCUUGCAAGGAAGCUAGGUGGAAAGGGCAGAUAGCUGGAAAAACAGUGUCUGGUGAAUUUCUAUACAAAUGUGUUACAUUUCAAGAUCUUAGUAUUGGUGUUGGUCAAUCAGUCUCAUUGGAAGAUGAUUCAGGAGAAGCCAUCAUGUGUUUUGUUGAGUACAUGUAUGAGAAACAUGAUGGUACAAAAAAAAUCCAUGGAAGAAUUCUGCAAAAAGGUGUUCAGACUGUUCUUGGCAAUGCUGCAAAUGAAAGGGAGGUUUUCUUGACUAAUGAUUGUCAAGAAUUCGAAUUAGGUGACAUCAAAGAAUUGGUGACUGUCAAUGUACAGUUGAUUCCAUGGGGUCACAAAUACAGAAAAGAGAAUUCAGAAGUUAAUAGUAUUGAAGGGGAGAAGGCAGAGGCGAGGAAGAGGAAGGGUCUACCUGUGGAAUAUUUUUGCAAAAGCUUAUACUUGCCAAAGAAAGGUGGCUUCUUCUCCAUCCCUCAUGAUAAACUCGGCACUGGAACUGGUUCCUGUAGCUCCUGUGAGGAGAGAAACCAAGCUGGUGAUGAAUUCAAGAUACUUUCAGGGACCGGUUUUGUCUUCAAGAAUAUUAGAUACAAUGUUCAUGACUUCCUGUAUAUUAGGCCUGAUUUUUUCUCCCAAGGGGAGGGCUAUGAGACCUACAAGGCUGGAAGAAACGUGGGCCUAAAGCCUUAUGUUGUUUGCCAUGUAUUGAGUAUCGAUGCUCCUGAUGGAUCUAACAAAGCGCAUCCAGAAUCAACAAAGAUCAAUGUAAGAAGGUUUUACAGGCCGGAUGACAUAUCAUCAACAAAAGCCUAUACGUCAGAUAUAAGAGAGGUAUACUACAGUGAAGAUACCAUGAGUGUGCCAGUGACAAUGAUAGAAGGAAAAUGUGAAGUUAGGAUGAAGGACGACCUUCCAAAUUCAAAUCUUCCAGUGAUAGUUGAGCAUGUAUUUUACUGUGAACUUUUGUUUGAUCCUGUUACUGGAGCCCUGAAACAGCUUCCACCCAGUGCUAAACUUAUGUCAUUGAUAAGGAGGGCACCUUCUGCUUCCAAGAAGAAUAAAGGAAAGCAAAUUUGUGAUGAUGAGCUAGAUGGUUCAGAUAAAAAGGAUAUGUCGUCAGACAACUCUCUUGCAACCCUUGAUAUUUUUGCUGGCUGUGGUGGUUUAUCUGAAGGAUUGCAGAUAGCUGGUGCGUCAAAAACAAAAUGGGCAAUUGAAUAUGAAGAGCCUGCUGGGGAAGCAUUUGGUGAAAAUCACCCAGAAGCAGCAGUAUUUGUGGAGAACUGCAAUGUUAUUUUGAAGGCAGUAAUGGAUAAGUGUGGUGAUGCUGAUGAUUGCAUCUGUACUUCUGAGGCUGCUGAACGAUCAUCAAAACUUUCUGAUGAGAAGAUUAAGAAUCUUCCUGUGCCUGGCGAAGUAGACUUCAUAAAUGGCGGACCUCCAUGUCAGGGUUUUUCUGGGAUGAACAGAUUCAAUCGAAGUCCCUGGAGCAAGGUUCAGUGUGAGAUGGUCCUAGCAUUCCUCUCUUUUGCAGAUUAUUUCCGCCCAAGAUUCUUUCUCUUAGAAAACGUCAGGAACUUCGUUUCAUUCAACAAAGGCCAGACCUUCAGAUUAACACUGGCAUCACUGCUGGAGAUGGGAUACCAGGUUCGAUUCGGCAUUCUAGAGGCAGGUGCUUAUGGUGUCGCACAGUCCAGGAAAAGGGCAUUCAUCUGGGCUGCUGCACCUGGAGAGACCCUUCCGGAGUGGCCUGAACCAAUGCACGUCUUCGCUAGCCCUGAACUGAAAAUAAACCUCCCUGAUGGCAAACACUAUGCAGCUGUCAGGAGCACUGCCGCAGGGGCACCUUUCCGGUCAAUAACAGUUAGAGAUACAGUUGGGGAUCUCCCACCCGUGGAAAAUGGCGCCAGCAAGCCAACAAUACAGUAUGGGAGUGAACCAGUGUCAUGGUUCCAGAAGAAGAUCAGAGACAGCACCGUGUUGCUGAAUGACCACAUAUCCAAGGAGAUGAACGAGCUGAAUCUCAUCAGGUGCAAGCACAUUCCAAAGCGACCUGGCUGCGACUGGCAUGAGCUACCGGAUGAGAAGGUGAAGCUGUCAACUGGGCAAAUGGUGGACCUUAUACCCUGGUGCCUGCCCAACACUGCCAAAAGACACAAUCAAUGGAAAGGGCUCUAUGGGAGGCUGGACUGGGAGGGCAACUUCCCCACAUCCGUGACCGAUCCCCAGCCUAUGGGCAAGGUCGGCAUGUGCUUCCACCCUGAGCAGGACAGGAUCGUCACUGUUCGUGAGUGUGCCAGGUCUCAGGGCUUCCCUGACAGCUACCGUUUCGCGGGCAGCAUCCAGUGCAAGCACAGGCAGAUCGGCAAUGCCGUGCCGCCUCCGCUUGCCUACGCGCUCGGGAGGAAGCUCAAGGAAGCCAUCGACGGCAAGUGCUGAUUGUCUUGCCUGUCGCGCCCGCCAUUUUUGGGUUGGUCCUGGUGCAUGUGAUCAGGCGAUCAGCACUGGACUUCCAGCAUUUUGUGAGCAGAAAAGGCUCUUUAAGACUUUAACUCCAUUCCGGGAUGGCUACACGGAGGGCCUUUUAACAUCAACUAUAGUAACGGGACCAACAGGAUUCUGGGGUAUACAAGCUUAGAAACAGAAUGAUAAUUCUGGGGUAUACAAGCUUAGAAACAGAAUCAUAGCAUUUGUGGUAUAGUAUCUUGUGGGCAGUGACUAUUAUGUCACUGAGGGUACAAUCUUUUGUGUAGAGUAACUGAAGACAUUGGUGGUAUAAUACUCUGUGGGCUAUCGUCUAGUAAUACGUUAGCUAUUGGCAUUAAUUGAAUGUGAAAUUUCAAUGACUUUCUAGGCAUCUUUUCAAGCAAAGAUGCAGUCAGGAUCUA